GGCUUAGAUUUGCGAAAAAGGUGACUGUCUAACGAGAGCGAGGGAGAAAGAGAGAAAGAGAGAGGGAUCGGCUUUCGAAAAAGGCGACUGUCUAUCGAGAGAGGGAAAGAAACAGAGAGAGAGAGAGAAGUAGGGAGAGGGGUCGAUUUCCGGAAGUAGCGUUCCGGAAGAGGCGGGCCUUGGAAAGAUGGAGUCCCAGGAGACUCUAGAGUCGGACCUGCCGAGGGCCGUGGCACUUUUGAAAAGCCUCCAGGAGCAGGUGAUGGCUGUAACUGUGCAAGUGCAGGCUCUAACCAAAAAAGUUCAAGCCAGAACCUACCCUACAGAGAAGGGUCUCAGCCUUUUAGAAGUGAAAGACCAACUAUUGCUCAUGUACCUUAUGGAUCUGAGUCACCUUAUCCUGGACAAAGCCUCAGGAGGGUCUCUUCAGGGACAUGCUGCCGUUCUGAGGCUGGUGGAGAUGCGCACGGUUUUGGAAAAGCUUCGUCCCUUGGACCAGAAACUGAAGUAUCAAAUUGACAAGCUCGUCAAGACUGCAGUGACAGGCAGCCUCAGUGAAAAUGACCCACUCCGUUUUAAGCCUAAUCCCAGCAACAUGAAGAGCAAGUUGGGUUCUGAGGAUGAGGAGGAAGAGGAAGGCGAGGAAGGCCAGUCAGAGGCUUCAGGGAAGAAAUCUGUAAAAGGAGCAGUUAAGAAAUAUGUCCCACCACGCUUGGUUCCAGUACAUUAUGAUGAAACAGAAGCUGAGCGGGAAAAGAAACGCCUAGAACGAGCCAAGAAAAGGGCACUGAGCAGUUCUGUCAUUCGUGAACUGAAGGAGCAGUACUCCGACGCUCCAGAGGAAAUCCGUGAUGCUCGGCAUCCUCAUGUUACCCGCCAGAGUCAGGAGGAUCAACACAGGAUUAACUAUGAAGAAAGCAUGAUGGUACGUUUAAGUGUCAGUAAGCGAGAGAAAGGACGUCGGAAACGAGCAAGUGUCAUGAGCUCCCAGCUUCAUUCUCUCACACACUUCAGUGACAUCAGUGCUCUGACAGGAGGAACCCCUCAUCUUGAUGAGGAUCAGAAUCCUGUCAAAAAGAGGAAGAAGAUACCUAAGAAAGGUCGGAAGAAAAAAGGUGUUCGGAGGAGGCGGUGAUUGUGGGUACACGUUUAUAUACACUUGUUGUCAUCUGGGGAUUCCUCUAAUUUCACUGUAUGUAGGUUUUACCCUGGUAAUUCAUAAAUUGUUUUCUCUGCAUAUAUGGAAAGAUCUUUGCUAAUAAAACCUAUUUUCUCUAUAAAUUGAA